AUGAUCAAAACUUCAAACCCACCAGCCUACGGCACCAUAGACAUGCACACUACCUCAUCCACCAACAAGAACAAACGCCGCCCCUCCACCAGUGACCCUUAUGACGUAGAAGGAGGGAGCUCGCACCCCCACCACCACCACGUGACCCACACGAUGGGCCGGAAGUGCCUGAGCCUGGCUCGCCAGAACCUGCUGGUCAUCCUCCUGGUGGUGGCCCUGGUGCUGGGCGUGGCCCUGGGGGCGGGGCUGAGAGGCCUUGAACCCGGCCUGACCUCCCGCGAGCAGAUGUACCUGCGCUUCCCUGGCGAGAUCCUCAUGAACAUGCUACAGCUGCUCAUCCUGCCGCUCAUCGUCUCCUCCCUCAUUUCUGGCCUCACCUCGCUGGACACACGCUCUUCUGGGCGACUAGGCGCACGUGCAGUGCUGUACUAUCUAACCACCACCCUGAGCGCCGUGGUACUGGGUAUCAUCCUGGUACUCACCAUCAGACCCGGGGACAGAGGCCAGGCCCCGGAUGUUCCGGACGGGGGGUUCCGGAAGGUGGAGCCAGCGGACACAUUCCUUGACCUCAAACUGACCCAGCUGAAGCUGGUCGAGAAGAACAUCACCCAGACACAGACAGAGAACAACGGAAGUCUUACUGGGAACCUAACACAGACACAGACACAGACACAGACAGAAACCAACGCCAGUCUAAUGGGGAAUGUGACUACAGUCCGGCAGUAUGAACCAGUCCUACAGAAGAGCCCCGGCAUCAACAUGCUGGGCCUGGUCGUGUUCUCCAUCUCCCUGGGAAUAGCCAUCAACAGACUUGGCCCCAAGGGCCGGCCUCUCAAGGACUUUGUCUCUGCGCUCUGUGAGGCUACGCUACAGCUGGUCUCUGCUGUCAUCUGGUACGCCUCUGCCGGUGUGCUCUUCCUGGUAGCCGCCCAGGUGAUGUCCGUGGAUGACCAGUAUGACGUCAUGUCCCCAGGUACUCACUGGUACUCACCGGUCGGUGUGCUGUUCCUGGUGGCGGCCCAGGUGGUGUCUAUGGAUGACCCCGAGCAGACGUUCGAACAGCUGAGCUUUUACUUCCUCACCGUGCUGGCUGGGCUGUCGGUGCACGGAUUCGUGGUUUUGCCUGCACUAUACUUUGUGCUAGUGCGACGCAACCCGUACAGUGACCGGCUCCGCACCAUGAUCAAUGUUCUCGGUGACGCCUUCGGUGCGGGUAUCGUGCACCACUUCUCCCGGGCCGACCUACUGAGGAUGGAUGAGGAGGACAGGCAGGAGAGGGAGGGAGAGGAGGAGAGUGUGGACCUCAGUGAGGGAGGGGAGGAGAGUGGGGACCUCAGUGACGUCAUCACAGCUCAGGCAGACGGCGACAAGCGCGUCAAUGGAGGAGUGGACAAUGUGGCGUACGACAGCUCGAGAAUGUGA